UUUAAAUGCCAGAAGGCAAGGACGACCCGGCAGGCUCAUAUACAAAAGCAUUAACGUGAAGUGAAGUUAACUUUGCUGCCAACACAUUAUGUUGUUUUAAAAUGUAGAGAGAUAUGCACAUUUAUACAACCCCAAUGAUCAACAACUUCAUCACCCCUGAUCCUCUGUCUGUUGCCAUCAUUCACUGUGUAUGGGGAGAACACGAUCUGGCACAUAAACAAACCAACGACUCCCACAGACAAAGACCUCAUUCUCGAGGUCGUCUUCAACGAAAAACUUUACUCCACAUAUUACUCCGCCUACUGUUCUGGCGGUAAAUUGCUUGGCAACACGCGCAACACGCGCAACCUAAAAGGGAGCAUGAAUUGCUUUGAGUAAAUUUUGCGCAACAACGUAACACCAACGCUGAAGCAUGCAGCCGCCUUUAGCGGCCGUGAGACGGGAGUAGAACGCUGCCGGUGUAAAUCAGUGCACAUUGUUUCCAGUUAGCUAGAAUUCUAGCCCAUGUUGAAAUUAGUGACAUUUUAAAACUUUCAUUUCUCAUCAUCAGGUAACGUCACCCUGACACGGUGACGCAGUGACGAUGAUUAUCAAGGUGAAGUACUUCAACUUGAAGAAAUAUGUAAAGAUAUCUGAGCCAUGUUUGGAAAUGUUCAUAACUGAAGUUCGCGUAAAGUUCUCCAUUCCUGAAGACAAGACCUUGACAGUGACCGAUGAUGGAGGAACUGAAGUCGAUGCUGAUGUGUUUCCAGAGUUGGUGUGCUUGGUCAUCCAUGAUUCUGAAGGAGUUGGUGAAGAAUGUUCUGCUGGAGAAGCCUGGUGGUGCAACAGUCCUGAAGGAGUACGAGGACACUGGGAAAAUAUGUGACAGUUCCAGACGGCAGAUGGAGCAUUUCUAUGAUGCCCAAAGUGGAUCAGGCUUCCUGGCUUGGAGGCUCAAGACUAUUCAACGGAAGACCAAAUUUCAUCCCGAGUCAUCUAGUUCCCCUAAGGCUGCUGUUGUGAUGGGAGGUGGUCCAACACUCGUCAGGGACAACAGUCAAGAAGAUCAGCUUCAGGAUGAGCAAUGCAAAGAGGCCAUUUCCUUGAUGACUCAUACCAACGAGCGUGACACCAUCUUCCAGAAGAUGCAAGAAACCUUCCAUUUCCGGCAGGGGCUCAUCCACAAUCCUGAAACCUCGGCAUCAGUUCUGUCCAUGUUCCCAAGACUUUUGGACACAAAAGGAUUGGUUCUUCAAGACUUCAGCCUUCUCUUCGGAGCAGAAACAGCAGCCAGACUUCUGGAAAGGUGGCCCUCAUACAAACCAAAGUUGAUAAAAGAAGCCGCUGCCCUGGUACAGACCCCGUUAUUGCAACGCCUUUUACAAUCUGCCAGAGGGGAACAAGUGGAGUCAUCUCCAGAUUACUACCCAGGUUGGGACAGCGAUAUGUCCACUUUACUCCUCCUGUUACACAUCCUGUCACCUCAGCCAGCUGGGAGGAAAAGGGGUCACAAGAUCAGUGCAAGGGAUGCCAUUGACCACCUGGUCGUUUUUCACAAGGUUUGUAAUUCCGGUACAAAAACUGCUUUGAAUUGUGGUUUGAUUUAUACUUGAAUACUUAUUAUAGUUACUGCAUGAUGUAUAGGUGUUACAUUUGUAGGACACUACUUGGCUCUAGUGGGGCCUUGGUUCAACACCUUAAACUGUUACAUGGGUUGUAUCCUGGCAAAAAGUUAAAUUUAAUAUGUGCUCAGGAUGGUUGUUGCUUAGAAUUUAGAAGUUACUCUGGUUUCCGCAAACACCUGAAACGUGUACACUGCAACAUUAAUGUGACUGAACCAGGUUUGACAGAUGAACCCCAACCUAGCACAUCUUUAGGUACGCCGGCUCUGCCUUCAGAUGGAUGUGCCCCCUCUGUCCAAACUUCUGACUUGAAUCCUGACUUAAUCAAUGAAAGGGAAUGUUCUUUAGAUUCAAAACAUAUGUGUGCUUCUGUUAUUGCGAAGUUGCAGGGUAGUGGUGUGGCAAAUACUGUUAUUUUGUCAGUUGUAGAAAUGAUGGAGGAAUGUUUAAAUUAUAUCCACACUUCAAUAAAGCGUCAGGUCUUAGAGGUCGUGCCAGAGGGUAACCCGAGCAGAAGUGCAGUAGAGGAAGUGUUAGAACAUUUGGAGAACCCUUUUGCUGAUCUCAACACCGAUAGCAAAUGGAAAAAAUAUUUUAAUUCCAAAUGGGGAGUUGUACAACCUGUAGAGGUGCAUUUAGGAGUAAGAUACGAUUCUAAGAUAAACAGAAUUUCUGGAAAUUACGAACAGGUACCAGUUAACGACACUUUCAUCUCAACCUUUGUUUAAAACGCUAGAGUUUAUUUUCAAAAACAAAAUGAUAUGCAGCCAUAUUCAAUCUUCUAAAUUCAGUGAUCUAUAUUCUGACUUCUGUGAUGGCUCUUAUUUUAAGAGUAAUCAGCUGUUCUAGCUGUCCCUAGAUUCAGGUUUAUUAUGACGAUUUUGAAACGGCUAACCCUUUAGGUUCUAAGGCGGGGUUGCAUAAGCUUGGAUGUUUAUAUUUUACACUCCGAAAUCUUCCACCUCAUCUCAAUUAAUCUUUGAUGAAUAUACAUCUAAUAUCUUUGUUCCACUCACAAGAUGCUAAGAAGUACAGCUUAGACAAAAUACUCAAGCCUUUUAUAGAUGAUGUGAAAAAACUUGAGGUUUAUGGGAUGGAAGUGUCUUUCACAAAAGAGCGCCUCUAUGGCACAAUAUCACAGAUUACAGGUGAUAAUUUGGGUUUAAAUGGUAUCCUUGGGUAUGUGGAGUCUUUUAGUGCCACCUAUUAUUGUAGGUUUUGUGUUACAGACAAGGCCACAGCUCAGAGUGUAUUUUGUGAACAUGAUCCUAGAGUCAUUUUGCGAUCUAAAGAACUGAAUGAACAGCACUACACACAUCUUGAGAAUACUGGUGAUGGUUCAUGUUAUGGCAUCAAACGCAACAGCAUUCUUAAUGAGUUACGGUAUUUCAGUGUUGUAGAUAAUGUUGUCGUUGAUAUAAUGCAUGACCUCCUUGAAGGUGUGGCACAAUAUGAGGUUAAGCUACUGUUUGACUACCUGGCAAAGAAUUUCCUAUCCAGUGAACACAUAUUAUUGAGAAUGUAUGGUUAUAGCUAUGGAUACUUGGACCGUAAGAACAGGCCA